AUGGGUGCUAGUCUUUACCACAAGCUCCGUGACAUUGAUCCUCAGACUGCAGUGAGAAUGCGACUUGUAGGUGGAACAUUGGCAAAGGCGUCGGAGACAGUGAAUCCAGCUCAGAGAGAAAAGGAUGAAGCUAAAGCAGAAGAAGAAGGUCGUAAAGCUAAAGUGAUUGCACAUGGUCAGGUUAUCACAGAAGAUGCUGCGAAGAAAUUGAAACUUGGUCUCAAUUCAAUGGUUGCAGUAAAUGAGGGGACUUCAUCAACGUGGCAUUAUGAUGGGGAAGAUGAUGAUAAGUUCUAUACAAUAAUACUGGUGACCGGAGAUGGAGAUUGGGGACCGGAAGAUGGUGUCAUGGAGAUUCCUCAACUCGGACUUCGACUAUCCCUUCGUCCAGGUGACGUCUUCUGUUUUCGUAGCAAAAUUCUUCUUCAUUCUGUCACACCUGUCCCAGCUCACUGUCACCGCACCUCCUUCACCUUCUUUGUCUCUGAACGAUCCACAUCUGUAAUGAAGAAGGCAUGGGAGGAAGAUUGUGAUCAUUUUGUAGAUACAAGUAUGUGGUAG